GUAGCUGUCAUGCAGUAGUUAUUUUGUUGCAUUUCGCAAAUAUUGAAGUGUACAUAACCUGCUUGGUUUUAAUGAAAAUAAGAAUUAUAAAUAGUCAGUAAACAGUCAUGUCAGACGACAAAAACGAGGAGGAAAACGACGAUCCUAUCAGAAUAAUAGCGCAAGCAGUUAAAAGCUUAUACAAAUUUCGAGAUUAUUAUUUUGAACACCAUAGCAUUGAAAAUGCAGACAAUAGGAACUCAGAUAUAGAAUUAGAAUUGAAUAAGACUCUUAAUUUAUUUGAUAAAUAUAAAGACUGUGCAAUCAAAAAUGACAGAGGAAAGUAUUAUUAUCUGAAAGGUUAUGCUUUGAACAUAGUGCCUAAAUAUAGUAAAGAAGCCGAAGAAUUGCUAUCGAAGGCAAUCAAAUUGGAUCCUAAAAUCGUCGAAGCCUGGAACGAGCUCGGCGAUUGCUAUUGUAAGAAUAACAAUUUAAUAGAGGCCAUCAAUUGCUUCAAUAAAGCUUUAAAUUAUGGAAAGAAUAAGGUGUCUUUGCGAAACUUGUCGAUUCUUGAGAGGCAACGGCCGGCAAUUACUGCCGAAGACAAGAUCAAUAAUAUAGAGAGAGGUUUGAUGCUCGCUAAGGAAGCUGUUCAAUUAGACCCGCAAGAUGGGCAUUCCUGGGCUGUUCUCGGAAAUGCCCACCUGUCUGCAUUCUUCGGGAUAUCCCAGAAUCCCAAAACCCUCAAGCAGUGUCUGAGCGCCUACAAUCAAGCGGAGAAAGAUGUAACUGCCAAAUGCACUGCUGAUUUGCAUUAUAAUAAAGCUGUGAUGUUGAAAUAUGAAGAGGAAUAUUUAUUGGCCAUUGAUUCAUUUACUAAAGCCGUUAUGUAUGAUCCAACGUGGGAACAGCCCAAGAAUAAAAUAAAACAAUUGGUGAAAUAUCUGAAGGAAAUAACAGAUAUGGUAAGUAGUAGCGGAAAGAUGAAAUCGAAGAAGCUGCAACAAUUGCUACAGUCUGUCAAUUCCAAGUUACUUGGUCCUUACAGUGGAGGAAGUUAUUCCACUCCCAAUGGCCAGAGCGUCACGUUGCAAGAGGUGACUGUGAAUGAGUUGAUUGGUGGAUUCAAUGAGGAAAAGGUCGUACUGGGAAAAGUUGUCUGUUCGGUGUACAAUGAGGAAACUGUCCCGUUUACAUUUUGUUUGGUAGAUAAAAUAGGAACUUGCGUCGUUGCAACUAUUUACAACUUGGCCAAUGGAAGGGGUGUCAUAAUCGGCGAUUCCGUGGCAAUUCCGGAGCCCUAUGUUACGGACGUAGAUUUUAAAUACGAUGGCAAUGAGUACAAAUUUAGAUUGAUCCGAAUAGAAACGCCACUCGUCUUAGUCAUUAACGGAAAGAAGACGAGCAGGGAUUACCAGGCGGGCGUUCAAAUGUCUCUGUUUAAAAAGUUCGAUUAACACUAUUACUAUAUAUACAGCACUCUCAUUUUCGUUCGUUUAAGUUCGUUAGAUUUAGUGGACCAAUUAAAAUUUAAUAUAUAUAAUAUAAUAAUUUUGGUAUACUGUAACUAUUUCUAAAAAAUAA